AUGUCGGCCACAAAAUUAGCCAUCUUUGGCUGUGUCCUGCUGCCGGGGAUAGCACACAGGCUAUGGCCUUCACAAUCUGUCGCCUUGAUAUGGUUCAUCUCAGCCUAUGUGAUCAUCUUCUGCCUUGCCAUCUGGAAACUUUAUCUAUGGCCGUUCUGGUUCAGUCCUCUACGUAAUUUGCCCGAACCUCAGGGAGGUGAGCUACUGGGAGGCCAUACCAAGCUACUUCCUGACGAACGGUCCGGUAUGCCCUUGCACGAAUGGAUCAAUCAGGUGCCUAAUUCCGGGCUGAUUCGGUAUCGGAAACGAUUCAACAAGGAGAUCGUGUUCGUGACAAGCCCCAAGGGCCUCUCGGAGGUGCUGAUCCAGAAGAAUUAUGAGUUCUCCAAGCCGUACAAGCUGCGGCAAGGUCUCGGGAGGAUUCUAGGUGUUGGACUUCUCAUUGCCGAGGGCGAGGACCACAAGAUCCAGCGCAAACACCUCAUGCCCGCGUUUUCCCACCGACAUAUUAUGGAUUUAUAUCCGAUCUUCUGGGACAGAUCGGUCGCGCUCGCCCAGGAGCUGCAGGCCAAUAUCGACGGCAGGUCGAAUGUAUCCAGCAAGGUCGUUGACGUCGCCGACUGGUUGGCCCGCGCAACGCUGGACAUCAUAGGAGCAGCUGGGUUCGGGGAAGAAUUUGACACAAUCCGACAUCCUGAUAAUGAGAUAAGGAAGGCCUAUCGGAGUGUCCUUGAGCAGAAGCCUCCGAAGGGAACUUUGAAGAUCCUUAUUUUCCUGGCUCGGGAGCAACUCAUCAGGACAUUAGCUCUCCAACGCAACGAUAGCAUCGCAGUGGCGACUAGAACGUUGACCAGAGUCGCCCGUCGCUUGAUUGCAGCAAAGCGACAGAACCCGACGGCAGGACAUGAGACUACGGCGACCUCCAUGACCUGGGCGGUAUACGCCCUAUGGCUAUAUCCCGAGGUCCAACGCCGACUCCGCGAGGAAGUGCGCAGUCGCCUGGUCCAGAAUCCCCUUCAACGAGAUGACUCUAGCCAGCAGCCCAUGACGGCCGAGCGCUUGAAUAGUCUUCCACGCGUGGCCGUCAAAGACACUACGAUCCAAGGGCAACACAUCCCGCGUGGCACGGAAAUCGUCAUUUCUCCCCGAGCCAUAAAUGUCUCGCGAGAGCUGUGGGGGGACGAUGCAACUAUAUUCAACCCGGAUCGAUGGCUUGGUCCAAAGCGAGCCAACAGUGGAGGGGGCGUAACCAACUUUUCGUUCAUGAUUUUCCUACAUGGAACGUUUGAGAUGAAACUGGAGGACAAGACAGCGGACAUCAUCAUCGAAACCGGGCUCACGUCUCAGCCCAAGGGGGGUUUAAAAACGAUGAAUAGAUGUUACUUGCACUCGGCUUUGGACUUUGUGGCAUUGUUCACGUCUAUCUCCAAUCGUAGCAUGAAGACUACCACCAUGAACACGACUACAGACAGAGACCAACGCGUCUCCUUAGUUGAGUCUGUCUUGACCUCUCAAAUCGACUGGAGAGAUGAUCCGCAGUCUCUGAUUCUGCUAGUCACCGGUAUUCUGUCCGGUUUGUAUCUACUCAAUACCCUCCAAGCACGGUUCCUGCAGCUCAAGCUUCCUGUAGUCGGAUAUAGGUCCUUUUGGGAGCCUGGCUGGGUUGCUGGACUACGAUUCUCGCGUCGCAGUCAACCGAUCGUUCGGGAAGGAUACCAGAAGUUCAAAGACCAAAUGUUCAGGAUCCGACGGAAUGAUGCCGAGAUCAUCAUAUUGCUGCGCACGUACGUGAAUGAGCUGCGAGAUAUGCCCGAAAGUCAACUCAGUGCUAUGGAGGCUCACAUUAAGAAUAUGGUGGGUUACUAUACCAUCGGGAAUCUGAAACUGGUGCGAGAGAGUGAUCUUCACCGACGGACACUACAGAAGAAUUUGACCCCUGCUCUGGGGACGCUGGUUCCCUCUCUGCAAGACGAGCUGAGGUUUGCUUUCCGGGCAGAGAUUCCCGACUGCAAGGAGUGGACGCCGGUUCAUAUCAACGAGCUCACUGUGCGUAUCGUGGCCCGCAUCUCGGCUCGUGUCUUCGUCGGUCCCCAUCUCUGCGCAACGAGGAGUGGCUCUACUUAA